GAGAUGCCGCAUAAUAACAACGUUACAGAUAUCCACGGCAUGUCCAGGGGUAUUGUGGUGUGACCGUAUGACACGGAGAAAUAGUUUGUAAAUCAUAACCACCAGACGUCUCCAAAGUGACCCAUGAUGACGACAUGACUUCAGCAAUCAUCUCAGCGAUCAACACCCUCACGAAACCUCUCGGGGAAGGGUCUGUGCACAAUGCUCAGUCCUCACAGCAAGAGGCCGUGGUGGCUGCGCUGCGAGCCAACAGAACGCUCCUCCUGGAACAGCUGCACAGUGACUCCAGCUUCGAGGAGGUGAGGAGGCUGAGGGAGGAGGUGAUGGCUGAAGCAGACUGGUUCUCCAGUGAUACAGAGGACACCAUAUGGAGCUUUGUCCAGGAAUGUCUCCUCCUGUUCCUCACCCUAUCACAGCAUCUCUCCAGUGAACUUGAACUUUUCAAUCGGACGCCUCCUCCCUCUGCAGCCAAACAACACACUCCAGAGUUUGCGCCUCCUUUACCUCCAGACGUCCUCAGCGUCAGCCAGCAAAAGACGCUUGGAGCUGCUCUUCAGUUUGUGGUUUCUCUGGGGCUCUGUCCCUACUUGGCUCCUGGGGUGGGGGUGCCUCUGGGGUGCAGGUCAGCGUUUGGGGCGAUGGUGGAAAAACUCAUCUGUGGUGGAAAAGCGUUGGAAAGAAGACAACGCCUUUUGAUCACUACAAAUGUUCUCUUGACGCUGGCAGAGCUGUCUUCUCUGGCCACACUGGUGUUCACACGACAUCUUGGGGAUGUGAUGGCUGCUCUGUGCCAGCUGGGCCACCAACCACCUCGAGCAGAGGGAAGAGGCACAGAGGAGGAGAAGAUCCAGGACCUCAGUGCUGAGGAACGUCAAAAGUGCAAAGAGGCACUGAAAGGCCUUCUGGGAAAAGUCUACCAACCAAUCGUUAUUAAGGAGCUGCUGGUCCUCCAAGGUGGACCCAAACAGUCUCCUUCAGUUGGGGUCUCUGGCAGCAGGACAGCUUUGGCAUCAGCCCCCGCCUGGCUGAGGCGUCUGUGUGGUCAGCUGCUGUCUGAGAGGCUGACACAGCCCAAUGGAGUCCAGGCUGUGGUCAGAGCCGUCCUGGGAGGAGGAACAGGGGGCGAGUCAGACUGGAAGAAAUGUGAAUGUGUGGCUCGGAUCCUGGUGACCUGCCCUCAACAGUCUGCCUCAGCAGACAUCUACUACAGACAAGUGUGUCUCCAGAUCCUCGAGCUCCUCCACUUCAAAGACAAGCUGACAGCGCAACAAUUCCAGCGUGUGGCCACCAGGGCGGCGCUCUCUAUGGUGCAGCAGAAGCCAAGCCUUGCGCAGGAGUACCUGCUCGCUCCUCUGCUAGCACCUCUCCUACGCUGCACCACUGCUUCUUAUGAAGGUUGUUCUCAAGCUGCAGUGGAGGAGUGGGAGCUGACUCGCUGUGUGGAGGAUGUGUUUAAGAUCUGGGUGGUUGGAAACAGUCCCUCAGCUCCUCUCUUCAAAGCCCUGGAAGAAGUUCUUCUGGUGAUCUUCACACUCUUCUGUUUCACCAAGCAGAACGUCUCCCACCUGCGCGCCCCCUGUCAGGAGAUUCUGCUGUGGUACCUGGGUCACUCUGAACCACCUGCAGCCCUGUCUGCUCUGAAACAGCUCUCUGGUCUGAAGAGGGAGAAGACAAACGAGGUGUCAGCAGGCUUCAGCUUCACCCCGGGCAGCGAUGGGGGAGUCAGAUUCUGCUCCAGAGACAGCUGCAGUGAUGAAGAUGAUGCUCUGUAUGAGAAGCUGUCAGGGGAGCAGUGGAGGCUGGAGUGUCUGAUGCAGCUACUGACUGAACUCAAAGACUCUGACCUGCCGGGAGACUUCUUCCUGGAGCUGCUGCAGGAGCUAACCAGCUGGGCAGAAGAUGCAGAAGAUGAAGAGAAUGAAGAUGAAGAGGAGUUGGACGUGUCGGCCAUGACACUCUUAGAGGUGGAGCAGCAGCUGCUAGGUCGGGCUGAGAAGAGAGGCCAGAGACUCGCUUUGCUUCAAGUGUUGGCUGCGAUGGUUGAGUCUGUGCAGCACAGUGUGCUGCUGAGAAAGAACAGCCAGGUUGUGGACUUCCUUGUGUCCCUGCUCCAGAGGGCCUGUGUGGGUCUAGAAAGCACAGCUGGUCCAGGUCCUGGGAACCCGGUAGAGAGUGAGACACUGAGCAUGGGGAUUGGCCUGGUAGCAACUCUGCUCUCUGGACCUCAGCUCAGCGCAGAGGACUACUCCUCCCUGUCUAGGUUGCUUCCACCACUGGACACCCUUUCUCAGAAGCACGCUGACGUUUUCAUCCAGGAGCUGGCAUCCAACCUCAAAGCUGUCAUUGCCACACACGGUGCCUACCGCCCUGAAAACCUCACCACUGCUGCUCAAUCCUCCACAAUCACUGCAAAAACAGCAAAGAACAACAGUGUACCCCAAAAGAAAAAGAAAAAGAUAGCAACUAAACCAGUCGGCUUGGAGGCUCGUCCUCGUUCGACUUCCACAAUCAGUAACUCACAGAGCGACACCCAAAUUAGACCCUCUGCGUCUCCUGAAGGGUCUCCAGCAGGAGGAAGUCCAACAGGUGGAAAGAGGAAAGCACGUGAACCUCAGACCCCACCUAAGACCUUUUCUGAUUGUCUGUUGGAGGCGUGUGACCCUGACGUGCCUACCAGAGCGUACGCCCUGAGGGUGCUUACCCAGAUGGUGCAACGCAAGAACCCAGAGGCUGUCCAGGGCCAGGAAGAAGUCCUCAUGCUCUUCUUAGAAAACCUGGAGCAUGAAGACUCAUUUGUAUACCUGUCUGCCAUUCAAGGUCUUUCUGUGUUGGCUGAUUUCUACCCUGAGAGGAUUCUAGAGAGGCUCCUGAAAGACUUCCAGCGUGGUCCCUCCCUCCCCACAUCCAACAAGGAGCACUUUCUGGAGACCCGCCUCAAAAUAGGAGAGGUCCUGAUGAGGGCGAGUAGAGCGAUGGGGGAACUGGCGCCCCAUCACGGCCGUCCUCUGGUGUGCGUCUUCCUGCAGGGAACCAGAGAUCCGGACCAAAGCGUCAGAGCCAGCAGUCUGUCCAACCUGGGGGAGCUCUGUCAGAGACUGGACUACUCCUUGGGAACACUGGCUCAAGAGCUGAGCUCCUGUCUGACUGCUCUAAUAAAGACAGAGAAGGAAGCAGAAGUGAGGAGAGCUGCUGUCCACGUUAUCACACUGCUGCUCCGAGGCCUCAGCGACAAAGCGACCCAGGUUCUCAGAGACGUCUUGUUGGACCUGUACAGAGCUCUGAAGUGGGUGGUCCGCUCAGACCCGGAUGAAGUCGCAGUGCUCCACGCCCAGCUGGCUCUGGAGGAGCUUGAUGACGUGAUGAGGAGGUUCAUCUUCCCCAAGCAGAAGCUGGAGAAAAAGAUUGUGGUGCUUCCAUAGAGCUCAGAGUUUACUUCAGCAGGAUCUUUAUGGUUUGGACUUCAAGGGGACUCAAUGUUUAUGAGCUCUGCUUAUGGCCCAACUAGUCCAGUACUAGCUUUGCCUUCAGGUAACAUGGAUUCUUUUAGCCCAGAGACUUCAGGCAUCAACCAAGUCCUACCUUAUUACUAGAACAUUGUGCUAAACAUCAGCUCAAUAAUUAUUUUACAAAAUAAAGUUCUAAAAGUAUCUUUGUGAUUUAUUUAAUUAAUUCUGAACCUGCCACUGUCUACCCCCAAUAUAUAUUUCAUAUUCAGUUAAAAAGUGAUCACAUAUCAGACCAUGACAUUGGAUGAAGGAAAGCGUUAAUGGCUGCAUUUUCAUAUCUGAAGACAAGAAACAAUUUCGAUGAAGCAUCUUAUUUUGGCGAGAUUGUGAACAAACUGACAUGUAAAGAGGAACUUAAGUUAAGCCAUGUGACAGAAAAAAUCAUUUGGGGGAAGAUGGUGUCUUUUUUUAACUUUUGAAUUAUGAUUUCGUUAGAAACAAAGUAGAUUGGAAAUUCUAACCGAGACUUGGUCAAAGCCUAUUUUAGGAAGUCACAGUGCGGUUCAGUACUUUGAAACGUGCACACUUUCUUUACAUAUUGAGGGCUCCUUUAAGAAAGUUAGACCUCCAAAUGUGGCUCAGGAUUAAAAAUAUGUGACCUCA